AUGCACAAUGUUGAUGAAUGUGCACCGCCUUUGAACGUUGAUUGUGGUCCCAAUGCAGCCUGUAUUAAUACAUAUGGAAGUUACCAUUGUAUUUGUAUCCAGGGAUAUGAACUUCCUUCUGGGAAGAAGAUAUUCCCAAAUCCCUCUUGGAAUGAGUGUAAACCUAAAAAACCCUCUGGAACUCCCUUGGAACCAAAUAUUAAUAAAUGUGUACAGCCCAUUAGUACCUCUUGUGGUCCUAAUGCAGACUGUGUUUAUAUAAAUGGAGGUUACCGCUGUUCCUGUAUCCCUGGCUAUGCACUUCCUUCUGGGAAGAAGACAUUCCCAGAUGCCACUCUGAAUGAAUGUCAAGAUAUUAAUGAAUGUGUACAGCCCAUUAGUACCUCUUGUGGUCCUAAUGCCAACUGUGUUAAUACAGAGGGAGGUUACCACUGUACCUGCAUCCCUGGCUUUGCUCUUCCUUCUGGGGAGAAGACAUUCCCAGAUGCCACUAUGAAUGAAUGUCAAGAUAAAAAUGAAUGUCAGGACAAAUCACUCUGUGAACCAAAUGGAAUCUGUGAGAAUACUGUUGGAAGUUAUACAUGCACAUGCAAACCAGGCUUUACCAAAAGAUAUGAGAAGCAGCCUCAGUGCAUAGAAAACAACUCCUGGUGUUCUGAUCUCAGCAAAGAUACAUUUUCAACAAACUGUGGCGCACAACUGAAUGCCACCACCUCUUCGGAUGGCUACGGAGAGAUUUGCUCUAGUUUAAUGAAGUUGUCCCGUGCAUGUGGAAAUGGCAAAGCUUCACCUUCUUUAAAGGAUGUUGCCAACAUUUUUCAUAUUCUUCCACCCCAGGUGAAUGGAAAUCAAGCAAAAACAACUCAGAUAGUGACCUACUAUCUGGAGAUUGUGCAGAAAAGUGCAUAUGAGGCUGCUCUCCGUCUCCCUCCUGGAGACCCCAAAUCAGUAAAGAACAAAUUAAUGGUUAUUCAAACAUUGACCUUUGAAGGUGGCUGUGACAAAAAUAAUUCAAUAUUCAAAAUGAAGGCUGGAAACGAAAUGAUGGAUUUUGACUGCACCAUAAUUACUGAAAAAGACUCAAGAGGUGCCGCUGUUCUUAUUUCUUACACUUCCAUCGGAUCCAUCAUAAACGAGAAGUUUAUCUCCAAGGAAAACCUUAUCACUGAUGAAGAACUAGUAAAUAUUCAUCUGAACUCUAAGGUAGUGAGUGGGACAACUGGAUACAGGAACGUUAGUUCCCUGUCCACACCUGUCAACUUUACUUUUCAUCACCUCCAGAUGAGGAGUGAGAAUGAAAAGCCUCUUUGUGUUUACUGGAACAACACAGUCUGGUCCAAGGACGGCUGUGUAACCAUCUGGUAUAAUGACAGCCAAACUGUAUGCAGUUGUAGUCACCUCUCUAGCUUUGCUGUACUCAUGGCAUCCACUAAACUGAAAGAAGAUUGUGUGCUGACAGUGAUCACUUAUGUGGGGCUGGGCCUCUCCCUGCUGUGUCUCUUUCUGGCUGCCCUCACCUUCCUCCUGUGCCGCACCAUCCAGGGCAUCAGCACCUUCCUCCACCUGCAGCUCUCCCUGUGCCUCUUCCUGGCCAACCUCCUCUUCCUCACUGGAAUCAAACAAACUCAGCCUCAGAUCCUGUGCUCCAUCAUUGCUGGGGGGUUGCACUACCUAUACCUGGCUGCCUUCACCUGGAUGUUCUUGGAAGGGAUGCACCUUUUCCUCACUGUCAGGAACCUCAAGGUUGCCAAUUACACCAGCAUAAGACAGUUCAAGAAGAAAUUCAUGUACCCCUUCGGCUAUGGAAUCCCAGCUGUGAUCUUGGCUGUGUCGGCAGUGAUUGGCCCCCGGGGCUAUGGGACAGAUAACUAUUGUUGGUUGAAACUAGAUGAAGGAUUUAUCUGGAGUUUCAUGGGUCCAGUGUUUAUCAUCACUUUGAUCAACUUGUCCUUUUAUUUGACAACCCUGUGGAUUUUGAGAGACAGACUUGCAUCACUCAACAAAGAAGUGUCCACCAUCCAAAACACAAGGAUGUUGGCAAUUAAAGCCCUAGCUCAGCUCUUCAUCCUGGGCUGCUCCUGGAGUCUUGGCUUCUUCCUGAUUGAAUCGAUAGCUACACCAGUCCAAUCAGUCAUCGCCUAUACCUUCACCAUCAUCAACUCCCUGCAGGGGGUCUACAUCUUCCUGGUACACUGUGUCCUCAGCCACCAGGUCCGAGAGGAAUUUAAGAAAUGCUUUAAGAGAAUUAAGAUAAAAACUGAAACAGAUAUUUAUGUGCUAUCUUCUUCAACUAACCACACCAAAAUGAUGGAAAAUAAUUGAAGUGUGGAAGGAAAAAAAGAUGCCAUCUCUCCCGGAAAGGAUCUCACUGCUCACUCCAUCAGUAAACUCCAGCUCCUGGAGGAUCAGAAGAAAGAAAAUAUAUCAGUGGUAUAUUUAGGAAGUACCACCUCUUGCUGUGUGCUUAAAGAAAUGGGAGCUUUGAUGCUUUGGGUAGAUCGUGUUGUUAGAUUUACUUUAUAAUCGUAAUGUCUAUGUUAUGUCUACAGUGACACACUCAACAUCUUCAUGCAUCUGACCUGCAAUUAUCUAUUAUUAACCUUUUCCCCUGGUUGGUGAUUUUUUUCCCGAAUGAGAUUGGGAAGUGGGGAGGUGAGCAAGGAGGAGGGUUUGGAGAUGCAAAGGUACCUGCCACUCAGAGGAUGCACACGAUUAGGGAAAGGAAGGCUUGGGAGAGCAUUACAUAAUAUCUAUUCUCCCACCCAAUUAGCUCCUCAGAGGGAUAUGAAAGCUGGAGGCUCUUUAGACAUUGACAAGCUAGGAACUAGAAAAGAAGCUGGGGAUUAUCAGUGGGCUAUCUCCUCUAUAUAAAUCACUCCAUUGACCCCCCCUUUCCUUUCCUAUAUAAACAAUUCCAACAUCUUCUCACUUUCUCCUUUUCUGAUUUUAUAAGUUUUUACUUUCAAUAUUGGUAUUGGAAUAAUAUUGUCUGUUCUUUUAUUGCAAAUAUAUAGCAUUUCAGCUAUGCUAUGGAUCAAACAGGGUUUUGUGGGCUAGCCUGGGAAUGACAUGGUUUUCAUGUUGUUAUUUCCAAAUAAUCAGUUCACAAAUAAAGUUUGGUAAUUUAACCCAUUCAGUUAUUUAUCAGUUCUUGUAGUUACUUUGUAAGUUUAUAAACUGUAAGCAAUACUGAAAUAAUUGCUAUCAGUGAGUUAUCUCUCAGUAUUGUGUUUAUCAAUCUGUAUACCAUUUUGACUUAGUUACAUGCAUGAAAGUGAA